ACGGCUGCGGCGGGAACGGCGGCGUCUCCUCGCCUCCCUCCUUCCCUUCCCUUCGUUCCCCGGCCCGGCCGCCCAGCCCGACAGGUAUGGCGCUGACGGUGGACGUGGUGGGACCCGCACCCUGGGGCUUCCGCAUCUCGGGCGGCAGGGAUUUCCACACGCCUAUCGUGGUGACCAGGGUAACUGAGCAGAGCAAGGCCGAAGCUGCUGACCUCCGGCCUGGUGACAUUAUUGUGGCCAUCAAUGGUGAGAGUGCAAACAGCAUGCUGCAUGCCGAGGCCCAGAGCAAGAUCCGCCAGAGCCCCUCGCCCCUGAGGCUGCAGCUGGACCGGCCUCAGGCCGCCUCUCCCUGGCAGACCAACGGGGAAAGCUCCCCCGAACUGCUGGCCGCUCGCUUCCAGGGCUCCAGGAGAACACACACCGACAGCCAGUCCUCCCUGCGGUCCUCCUGCUCUAGCCAGGCCUCCCUCAGCCCCCGGCCGGGCAGCCCCUUCUCCACCCUGCCCCCCGCCAGCCCCCAGGCCCCCGCGGGAGAGGUGGUGACCAGCCACAGUUUCCAGAGCCUGGCGUACUCCCCGGAACCCACUACUGCUGACCACUUGUCCUACAGGGGCCGCCCUGGAAGCCGACAGGCCGGCCUGGGCCCCGCUGGCGACUCGGCUGUUCUGGUGCUGCCGCCACCGCCUUCCCCAGGUCCCCGUUCCUCCGGCCCCAGGCUCAGCGUGGCCUCGGAAGGGGAAAGCCACCUCCUGAGAGAGGACUCAGAGGUCUUCAAGAUGCUGCAGGAAAAUCGCGAGGCACGGGUGGUCCCCCGGCAGUCCAGCUCUUUUCGGCUCCUGCAGGAAGCCCUGGAGGCUGAGGAGAGAGGUGGCACACCUGCCUUCCUGCCCAGCCCGCUGAGCCCCCAGUCCUCCCGGCCCACUUCCAGGGCCCUGGCCACCCCACCCAAGCUUCACACGUGUGAGAAGUGCAGCAUCAGCAUCGCGAACCAGGCCGUGCGUAUCCAGGAGGGGCGGUACCGCCAUCCGGGCUGCUACACCUGCGCUGACUGCGGGCUGAACCUGAAGAUGCGAGGGCACUUCUGGGUGGGGGACGAGCUGUACUGCGAGAAGCACGCCCGCCAGCGCUACUCCGCACCGCGCACCGUCAACUCCCAGGCCUGAGCGCCCGGCUGCGCUCUCAGACCGCCCUCCACUCUGCGGGCACCUCCGCUCCCGGGCCGCGCCAAUAUCAAGUUGGCCUGGAAAGGCGGCGACGGGGGCUGGUGAGGCCCCUUCCUCCUCGCUGGGUGAGGCCCCUUCCUCCUCGCUGAGUGAGGCCAGAGGCUGGGACCUGCCUGUGCUGCGGGUGAGGGCAGCCUCACCUUCCCGGGCCUCUGCUGGAUACUCUCGCGUCCCCCUACUGGACAGGCUCUGUGUCAAAGUGCAAAGUGGGUGCUGCCUUGGACACCUUUGUGUACCAGGGGUUAAGCAGGCUGGGACGUGGAGAGAAGUAUCUGGAAGGAGAGGGCUGGGCCAGAGGCUACAGGUAUUCACUGUGUAAAGUUUUCAACAUAUGAGCUCUAUAAAUAUAUACUGAUACGUGGACAAAAUAAAGUAGGUGCCCCUCUUUUCUCUCCUUCCCUGCCCCAGCCCCUGGGGAGGAGCUUCUCCCUACCACUGGGUGGAGAGUCUUCCUACAUACAGUUUUUCUCCCCUCUUAUUUCCGCCUCCCUCAAACCUCCACCCUACCAGAUGCUUCACCACGUGACACUCCCGACUGAAGACACCUGCUCCUGUUAGUGGAGGGUCAUGCUCUUCCUGGACCCUCUUUUAAAGAUGUGUGUUUUAUUGGGAUGAUCCCUGGUAGAGGAAUGAGUUUCUCACUGGGAGCCCGAGAGGGGAAGGGAUGCUAGAGGGCUGGCAGCAAACAGGAAGCAGGCCCUGAGACUCCUGCCCAGGCCCGUCUCCGUGAGGCAGUCUGUGCUGGCGCUCUGUGCCCCUCGCUCUACUUGGUAUGGAGGCUGCCUGCCCUGCUGACGCACCCAGGGGAGCUCAGUGGGCCAGAGAGGGGGCAACAUCUAAAGAACCUCCUGCGCUUGCCUGAGGCUGUCUGCACCCGUUUGAGAAAGCUUAUCCCCAGGAGUAACCUUGGACAGGGCUGUGAGUUAGCUUUCCCUGGGAGGGACAACCCUGCAGCGCCCCUACCCUGAGGACCACCACCCUCCAAGCCAGGGUUGGUCUGCCUGCCCGUUCCCCGGGAGCCCCAGCUGGCUUCGUUGGUGGUUGAUUUGAAAGCUGCUGCUAGGCAGGGGGCAGUGGUCCUCUGCCAGAUUUUUGGCUUGAUUCACCCAUCACUCCCAGUCCUAAUCCCAGAGGACACUUCAGAAAGGUGCAUGGGUGCUGCUGGGUGCUCUAGACCUACCUUAUUGCCCACUCAGCCUGAGGGAAAAGAUCAAAGCUGGGCUUCAGAGGGUGCUUUGUGCUAUCUGGCUCUUUUGGGAAGGAAUCUUGGCAGAGACU